UUAAUGCAUGGAUGGCUGUCCUCUUCUUCUUUAAAUUUUUCAAUUUUAAUAAUAAAAUUAUAUUUUCUAAAAGAAAUGAUUCGGGAUAUAAAAGAAAGGGCAAAAAACUGGUUUAAAUGGUGGUUAACAAUAAUAAAGAAUAAUAAUGUUGAAAAGGACGCCGAUGGCAGCAAUGCUUUUAGUAAAGUUGUUGAUGACUCUUCUCUGAUUUUAUCUACAACAACUACAAACAAAGAAGAGAAAAAGAAUGUUAAUUUUAAACAAAGUUUGAGAAAUAUAAAAAGAAGAAAAUGGUGGGCAGAGAAAAGAAACUUUCCGGAAAGGUAUAACAACAACAACGCGGCAGAGUCCAUUCAUUUACAACACAAAGCAGACGAAAAUUAUUUUGGCGACAAUCAAAAUUUGAUCAACUUUGACGGGGAUCGACAAAAGCAACAACAACAAAAAUUGACAACAACAAAUUAUUUUAAAGAAGAAGAGGAAUAUAUUAAAAAAUAUAGUUAUUAUGAUAAUAAUUUACCUGCAAAGAAGUCUAUUUUAAAAGGAAAAAAUGAAGAAGAAAUUUGUGAAAAUGAAAUGAAUUUAAAUAAAAUUAAUUAUUCUUCAAGAAGGAGUGUUGGAGGUAGUGAACAUCAAAGACAAUUUAGUGGUAAAAAUUUAAAAAAAAAUUUUUAA